UAAUAUCUAUGGUCGACCCACAAGGCCACACAACAAAUGAUUGUGUUGAAGAGUCUCUUAAGAAAUUUACACAUUUCCUUUAAAUUUCGACGAUCGCUCAGCUCUCUCCAAGAAUCAAAUAUUUUCUCUCCUUGAUCAAAACAAAAAUCUCUCUUCUUUCUCCUCGUCUCCACCAAAACAAAACCUCCACUUGUGAUUUGAUAAAAAGUUGAAGCAAAAAGAAAAUAUAUAUAUAUAUAUAUAUAUAUAUAUCCUCAAGAUUAUGAAUUUUGUGUCUUGCUUGGUUUGAACUUUCAAGUUCCUCUUGUUAGAAGAAAAAAUGAUUUUGUUUUGUGAGCUCUUCUACAGCGAAGUUCAAGUUGCAGAGUGGGAGAAAGAGAGAUAGGUUUUAUAUAGUAAACUCUUUUACAUACAUACAUAUCUAACAUACACAAACUAUACAUAUAUAUAGAUAGAUAUCAUUACACUUUACACAACAGAUUCGGAGUACGAAAAGAGACAUAUGGCUACGAAUUUAAUGACGAUCAACGAGUCAAAGCCGUCGGAGAUAGAAUUCGCGAGAUGCGAAUGUUGCUGUAUGACGGAGGAAUACACGGCGGUUUAUAUCGAAACCGUUCGGAAUCUUUACGCGGGAAAUUUUAUCUGCGGUCUCUGUUCCGAAGCCGUAAAGUACGAGAUGUUUCGUUGGGGUAAUAAAAAAGAGAGACGAAUCGGACUCGACGAGGCUUUGGCGGUUCACAUGAAGUUAUGCGGCGAGUUUGUUGCUUCGCUGUCUCCGAAGAAGGUUGAUUUAAUAUCGGCGAUCGGAGAAAUGUUCAGGAGAAGACUGAUUCUGAACUUGCCGCUGAGUGUCGUGGCGUCAGCAGCGACGACGGCGUCUCCGAGGAGUGUUGCGGCUAUAGACGGUGGGGAGAUUUGUGCUGCGGCGGUGAUCGGUGGUGGAGGUGGAAGCUGUUUGCCUGCUUUGUCAGGUGGUGCGUAGAUCCGAAUAUUCUAUUUCCGGAGAGGUAUCUAAUGGAAUAGAGACGAAGAAGGAAAGUGUGUGCGCGCGCGCGGCGCGAGUGUGAGAUCUUCUCGAGAAGGUUGUUGGAAAUAUUUGUUUAUUUAAAAUCCGAAGAAAAUAUAAAAUUAAUUAAAAUGAAAUGUACAGAAAAAAAAAUUCGAGAAGUUUAGGUAUCGGUUCGUUUGACUGUGUACUUUGAUAUAAUAUGACCAUGUCAAUUUGUUAAUAUGAGUGAUUAUUUUUUAUAUA